AUGGAGCUCAGGGACCCUGAGACCCCCGAGGAUGGGGAUGCAGAGGAGGACACAGCCACGACCCUCCAGCGCCUCGUGGAGCUGACAGCCGCCAGGGUGACCUCGGUGCGGAGUCUUCAUGUCCAGUACCGCCUCAUACGCAAGCUCGGCUCCGGCUCCUAUGGCCGCGUGCUCCUUGCCCGGCCUCGCCGAGGGGGUCCUGCAGUGGCUCUGAAGCUCUUGCGUCGGGACUCAGUCUUGAGAACCACCUUCCUGAGAGAGUUCUGUGUGGGCCGCUGCGUCUCCUCACACCCAGGCCUGCUCCAGACCCUGGCGGGCCCCCUGCAGACCUCCCGAUAUUUCGCCUUUGCCCAGGAGUACGCACCCUUCGGGGAUCUCAGCGGGAUGCUCCAGGAAAGGGGCCUUCCAGAGCUGCUCGUGAAACGGGUGGUGGCCCAGGUAGCUGAAGCCCUGGACUUCCUCCAUGGCCGGGGGCUGGUCCAUGCAGACGUCAAGCCAGACAAUGUCUUGGUCUUCGAUCCUGUCUGCAGCCGUGUAGCCCUGGGCGACUUGGGUCUGACUCGGCCAGAGGGCAGCCCAACCCCUGCCCCACCGGUUCCACUGCCCUCUGCGCCUCCCGAGCUCUGCCUUCUCCUGCCACCUGACACCCUGCCCCUGCGGCCAUCCCUGGACUCCUGGGGCCUGGGAGUGCUUCUCUUCUGUGCCGCCACUGCCUGUUUCCCUUGGGACGUGGCACUGGCCCCCGAUCCUGAGUUUGAAGCCUUUGCUGGCUGGAUGACAACCAGGCCCCUGCCACCUCAGCCACCACCACCCUGGGACCAGUUUGCGCCCCCGGCUCUGAUGUUGCUCCGGGGGCUCCUGGACCUCGACCCUGAGACAAGGAGCCCCCCACUAGCUGUCCUGGACUUCCUGGGGGAUAACUGGGGGCUGGAGGGGAAUAGAGAGUGGCCAGGGGGCUUGGGGAUUCCAUCCAAUGAGGAUGGGGAGGAAGAAGAGGGAGGAUCAAGUUUGGAGGAGUGGACAGAUGAGGAGAACAGCAAAAGUGGUGGGAGGAAGGGGACAGAUAAAGGAGCUCCCUAA